AUGUUCUCCUCCAUCUUUGGCAGUCGAACUACCGAACCAUCACCAUCACCCGCAUACGAUGCUCGCUACGACGAGUUGCCGUCACCGUCGACCAGUACAGCACCCCGAACGGUCGCACGUCCGGGUCACGCGGCCAGGUACAUCACCGCGGACGAGGCAAAGCAGAUCGACGCCGAGUUGAUGGGACCCCAUGGCGCAUUCUCACUCGAUCAGGUGCGUCUUGUAGCUCCUUGUAGUCAAGUCGCCCAACUGAUUUCUCCACCCUAUCAUUUCUCAGCUGAUGGAACUCGCUGGCUUGUCGAUAGCCCAAUGCGUCAGCGAACUGUACCCGCUCGGACCUCCCCUCCCCCUAGAUGCGAACGGCAUCAAGCAAAAGCGUACCAAUGAGCGCGUUCUCCUCUGCUGUGGACCUGGAAACCAAGGUGGUGAUGGUCUUGUCGCCGCCAGGCAUCUCAGUCAGUCAUCGCGUCAAAGCUGCGCUGCGAGAUCGGCUCCGAGUUUUGACUGAGCUGGGUCGUCGUACCUUCUCUUGGACCUUGGACGCGCAGCUCAAUUCGGAUACGCUGCCAGCAUCUUCUACCCCAAGGUUAGCCCAAGUAGCUCAUCUGCUGUCACUGUUACGAGAAUAAGCCUAAUUUGUCAGCUACUCUUGAUACGUGAAAACUAGGAGAGCAAGGGCCAAAUUUUCAAGGUGGGUUUUGCCGAGUGCUACCGAAGUGAGUAGCUAAGUACAAGCAGCUCACGUGCUCCCAAGAUUUGAUCUUGCAGCGUCUCAAGAAGCAAUGCGAGAACCUCGAGUUGCCCUUGAUUGCACCCGCGCCCCUCGCGAGCUCGUCUUUCCCCAUGGCCCCUGAUGCUCAAGCCAACGCCUUCAAGCGCGCUCUGACUCAAGCCGACGUCGUGGUCGACUGUGUCUUUGGUUUCUCGUUCCAUGGCCCACCUCGUGCGCCUUUCGACUUUGUGCUCAAGGCGUUCAAGGCGACCGAUCGACCGAUCCUCAGUGUCGACAUUCCGAGUGGAUGGGACGUCGAGAAGGGCAAUGUCGACGGUGAAGGCUUUACAGCAGGUAGGCGUAAUGAAAUCAUUUCUUGUUGUUCCAUCUCUCUGAACCCUCCCUCGUCUGUCCUCUCGGACCCCCAACAGACGCGUUGAUCUCGCUGACGGCACCCAAGCUCGGUGUGAAAGAGUACGCCGAGGAAGGUCGCACGCACUGGCUAGGAGGCCGCUUCGUCCCCUUGUGAGUGCCCAAGACAUGAUGCAUCUGCUAACAACAUGGAGUUGAAUGGGCUUUCCCGAUUUUUGGUGUCGCCCACAGUGCGAUGGUGAAGGAGAGGGGACUCAAUCUGCCGAGUUUUCCGGGAUCGAUGCAGUGCGUCGAUAUUACGAUGAGUGCGCCGGAGCAGUAA